ACUUACAAGAUGGCGACACUCGACGUUCGACUUUACGUUCUGGAGAUGAAAACGUCGGCCACAACCUCUAGUGUAGAAAAGUGUAUAAACUGACGAAUGAACGGCUAAGCGCAACUGUGACGUUAAAAUGUACGCUUUCUAGAUAAAACAUCGUUGUUGUGUAAAGCUUACGAGAGGAAGAGGAAGUAAGUACAGUAUUUGGAGGAGAAGGAAGAGCCUGUAGAAUAAGAAAAAAAUAUGACUAACAGAGAACCUUUUAAUCAUUGUACAAGGCGAUAUUAUAGAUCGAAAUAUCAAAGUUAUCAUAGAGAUUCUGUAGGUGAAAACAAAGAUGUUGGAUAUAAAUUACUUGGAUGGUAUAUAAAAUCUUCUACUGGUAUGUUGCAUCAUAGAAGACGUUAUAUAAGUGAUAAAGAAGCAUUGUAUAGAAACGUUAUAAAUUCAUUGUCCAAGAAUGAAGAAAAUGAAUUGUCAUCAAUAAGAGAAAGAAUAGCUACCUUAUUCAAUAAUCAGUUAUAUAGUGAUGUAGUUUUAAACAUUAAUGAAAAGAAACUUUUUGGUCAUAGUUUUGUUUUGUCUCUGGCAAGUCCUGUAUUCAAAGCAACUUUUUACGAUGAAUUAAAUUUUGCAAGGAAGGAUUCGUUUGAUGUUUUAGAUGUUACAGAAAAUGGGUUUAUGAAUUUGCUAAGGUUUAUCUACAUGAACAAUACACCAGAAUCUGAUAAUUUAUCAGAAUGUUUGGAAACCCUUUAUGCAGCUAGAGUUUUCCUUGUAUCAUCUCUUGUUAACAUUUGCAUUCAAAAGUGUCUGCAAGUCAUAAAUAGUGAGAAUCUUUGUCAAAUUUUAGACACAGCCUACUGUUUGGAUUUAUAUAUUUUAACAGAUAAUUGUUUGCAACUUUAUGCUAUGCAACCAGAAAGAGUGUUAACAUCAGAGUCUUUUUUAUCUGCCAAAACAGAUACUGUAUUACUUCUGUUUAGUAUGGCAAUUGAAAAUGGAACAAAAAAAGAAUUUAAUUUUCAUCUCAUGAAAUGGGCUAUAAAUGAAGCAAAGAGAAGGGGACUGUCUACAUUUCAAGUGGCAACAGUUUUGAAGCCAUUCUUUGAAAUUAAUUCAUCUGAUUCAUAAAAAAAUUUUAAAAAUUACAGAUUAUUGGCCCUUGUACUCCCCUCUCCUAUUCACACUCUUAUCCCAGCAGUGUUUCCAUUUUGCAAAGCAAUUAUGGUAAGCUUCUUUUGGAAUGUCUUUCAAUGCUUGUGAUGAAUUUGUUUUAAUGUCAUCAAUUGUGUCAAAGCGGCAUCCUUUCGCCACUAAUUUUAAUUUUGGAAACAAAAAACUUGCAAGGAGUCAGAUCUGGUGAGUAGGGAGGCUGAAGACAACAGUCAUUUGAUUUUUGGCACAAAACUGGUGAAUUGACAAGGCUGAGUAGCAUGCAUGUUAUCUUGAUGAAGGAACCAUCAGUUGUCUCUUUACAACUCUGGUCUCUGUGAAUUUUUUCACACAACUGUUUCAAAACACCUCGCACAAUACUGACGGUUAACUGUUUGACGUUGAGGCAAAAAUUCAAAAUGCACAACUCCAUUGAAAUAAAAAAAAAACAGUGUUCAUCAUGAUGUUGGAUCAAGACUGUCAUGCUUUUUUUCAGGUGUGAUGAUCCCAUGACAACUCACUGUUGAUGAUUGAACUUUUGUCUCAGUGUCAUUAGCUGUAAACCCAACUCUCAUCACCCAUUAUGAUCCUUUGCAUAAAUGUUUUGUCAUUGUUGGCUUGUUGAAGGAGUUCUAGGCAAAUGUCUAUUUGAUUUUCCUUCUGCAGUUCAGUCAUCAAACAAGGAACAAAUUUUGCUGCAACUCCAUGCAUGUUCAAUUUUUCCAUUAAAAUGUCAUGGCAUGACACUGCUGAGUUCCCAACCUCUUCUGCAAGUUCUCUGACAGUCAGACAAUUAUUUGCAUGCAUCAGAUCUUUGAUUUUCGGAAUGUGAGUGUCAUCAGUUGAAGUCAAAGGCCUUCUUGGUCGAGGGUCAUCUUCAACUGAUCGAUGACCGCUUUUGACUCUGUAAACCAUUCACAACACUGCGUACAACUUAGAGCAUCACCUCCGUAAACUUGUUUCAAAAGUUGAAAUAUUUCCAGUUUCAUGCAAAACUUCAUGUUGCAUCAUUGCUCCUGUAAAUUGCACAUUGCAAAAAUCACCAUGAACACUGAAACACCUUUCACUCAAAAAACAAUAAUGAGGAACAAAAUGAGAUAUCAACAAUCUGAAAAAAAGCAGCUUACUAGGUAGGUUGACCACAUAAUCUAUUAAUAUGAAGUACUGUUUUUUCCCUACUCAUUUUUUGGGCUACUGAUGUGCAAUCAUGCAAACUUGUGAUAAAAUAUGGAAAAUUUCCAUUUGGUUUGUGAGAUUUUAAUUUUCUUUGUUUGUAAAACAAAUACAAGACCGAAAGAAAAUCUGAAAGAAAUGAUCUUAAAUACUGUGUAUGUUAGUUAUUAUCAGAUUAAUAUACUGUAUAUUUAGAGAUUAAAAUU